AUGGCGACGGAUGACGAGGCUGCCGACGACACGGACCAGAAGGAGCACGCGGAGGAGGCCUCCUUCGGAAGCUUCUCCUCGCUGUCCUCGGUUGGGCUUCGGGAUGUGAAGCAGCGGUCCACCGUCGACACCACCUUCUUGGCGCUACACCGCAGCAAGAUCCACCGGAUUCUGGACCGAGACGCCGGUGAGUCUCAGAGCAAGCGAGUCUUCCACGUGCGGAAGAAGCGGCAGAUCUGGGCGCUGUUCUGCAAGGACUUCUUCCACACGGUGCUGGAGCUGCCCUUCCUGGGCCUCUACCCGCUGGUCUUCGGGAUCUACGUCAUUUGGCAGUGCUGGGCUUAUGCGUGGUCCACGGAGACCGCCGAUCUGAGCUUCGCAGAUUCCAGCCGCGCUAAGCUUGACCGGAGAGCCUUGUGCCACUUUCUCUUUGCCUUGGCUUGGUGGAGCAUCUCCGAGGACUGCGCCAUCGGCCUGUCCAGCCUGCUGUCGGCCUUCUACUUCUCGGUGGAGACUCAGAUGACCAUCGGUUACGGGGCGCCCAAAGAGAACUUCGACCACUGCCCGGAGGCUGUGCUGAUACUGCCCCUUCAAGUGGUCUGCGGUCAGAUGCUGGAUGCUUGCGUCAUCGGGGAUCUCUGCGGCGCCCUGGCGUGGAGCUAUGCACGGAGUGCUUGGGGCGUAAAGUACCGGGGUGCCAGCGCCCACGCGGCCAGCGUGAUGUUCAGCGACACGGCGCUGCUGCAGGUGGUGGACGGAUGCGUCCACCUCACCUUCCGCCUGGCGAAGAGGACCGGCUUCACUCUCUCGCAAGGAAAGAUCCAGGUCUAUUGCGUGCAGCAUCACAAGGACCCAUCCCACCCCAAAGGCGUCCGGGUGGAGGUAAACGCGCUGGACCUCAUCGAGCCAGACAUGGACAUGUACAACGGCGUGGUGUUUUUGGGCCUCCCCGCGGAGGUGGUCCACAAGGUGGACUAUGAGAGCCCCCUGGCUCCAGUGAUGCCUCCGGGCACGGAGGGCUGCCCCUCGGAGAUCGAGGUGCGGAGAUAUCUCCGGAAGUCGACCUACCUGGAGAUUCUGGUCUUGGUGAGCGGCGUGGAGCAGACCACCGCCGCCAGCUUUGAGGCGAGGCACUCCUACACCCUGGACGACCUCUUCUGGGACAGGACCUUCGCCACCUGCGUGUCCAUCGAUAACCGCGGUUACCAUACCGUGGAUUUGCAGAAAUUCCACCAGAGCCACAUGAACAGAGACGAGACCCUGCUGGUAGCUCCGGAACGGGGUGUGUCCUCAAGGACACAGCACUCCUUCCCUGCGACUCUGGAUGCACAGGUGGCGGACUGGACGAUUUACAGGCCGGGCAUCGUCAAGCCCACGCGCUUGGAUGAGCUCUUCGGGAACUUCUCCAGGCAAACCAGCGUCCACUCCGACCUCUUCACGCGGCAGAACAGCUAUACCGCUGGCGACUCGCCGUGA